AAUGGCAAGGUGUUGGUGGUGGGGAUUGUGUAGUGUAACUCUACGUUAAGAGUUUAAUUCAAGAAACAAGGAAAGACUAUUUUAUGUAUUUUUUGGCUUGAUUUUUAAUUUUGUUUAAAUUUCAAAGUAUUAUCUUUCUAACUAAAAAUUUAAUUAGGCAUUGGUUUUACAUUUAAGUGAUACUUUUACGUUUAGUCUUCGACAAACCGGUCGAGGCGUCGGUCAAGUGUGUGCGUGUGUGGGAUGAUUAUUCUCGGGCCAACCAUCCGAUUUUGAACGUAGUUGACACUGCCAAGCAACUUCAGGCAUAAGAAAUUUCACGUAACUGGCACAAGUUGGGCAAGGUGGUUUACGGGACCGACGUUGACAGUGCCCUCUACAGAAACAUGACUGAAUAUAAACUAGUUGUUGUUGGAGCUGGAGGUGUUGGUAAAAGUGCCUUGACGAUCCAACUCAUACAAAAUCACUUUGUCGAUGAAUAUGAUCCUACAAUAGAGGAUUCCUAUAGAAAACAAGUGGUUAUAGAUGGUGAAACAUGUCUACUGGAUAUCUUGGAUACUGCCGGUCAAGAAGAAUAUAGUGCAAUGAGAGAUCAAUACAUGCGAACUGGAGAAGGUUUCCUCUUAGUUUUUGCAGUCAACAAUGCAAAAUCAUUUGAAGAUAUCAGUAUGUAUCGUGAACAGAUAAAACGUGUGAAAGAUGCAGAUGAUGUACCUAUGGUUUUGGUAGGAAAUAAAUGUGACCUCCCAACGAGGGCAGUAGACAUGAAACAGGCAGCAGAAGUAGCAAAAAAUUAUGGAAUUCCAUUUAUAGAAACUUCAGCUAAAACAAGAAUGGGAGUGGAUGAUGCCUUUUACACCUUGGUACGAGAAAUACGUAAAGAUAGAGAACGAAAAGGGAAAGAUAAGAAAAAACACAGGGAUAAAAUUGGAAAGAAAAGGUGUACAAUUCUAUAAAUGUAUAGAUCUCCAAAGCAAGUAAUUUUUUUACAACCCUAAUCUUCAGCCAUCUUUGCAAGAAGUUUGUUGUUUGUGAUACCUCACAAAUGUGUGUGCUUAGUAGCAGAAAAAAAAAACAAGUGCAGUUUUCAUUUAUGAACUUUAAAAUCACUAGGUUACAAAAAGUGGAAGGAAUAUUAACCUUCUUUUUUCUUUUCUAAUUUUUUAGAUCAAAUUAAUUCUUGGCACUAUGUGGCUGUGAUUUGCAACCUUUAUCUUCUUCUUAAUGCUUCUUAAGUGAUGUGAUUUAAAUUUUUGUCUUUUUUUUUGCUCAUAUUGACCUUGCCUUUGACGCACAUCCCAGUUAGUGAUUUUAAUCAGUUUAGUGGUAGCCAGCUGUAAUGAACACAACACAUACCAGCUUUGGUCUUCCAGAAGCAUCUGUGACAGGAAGUGAAAAAUAUUGGAAAUAAGAAGUAGCAGUUAAGAAACAUUUCUUUUACUCAGUUCAUAUGAAAGAAGGUACAAAGGAAGUUAAGGUAGACCAGUUUGUUUGAAAGCAUCACUUUUUCAAAAGCUGUAUAGACAUUUCUUGGAAGCAACAGUUAUUACAAACUUGUCCAAAAGAGACAAAAUACACUGACCAGUUGUUAUUUCCAGGGUUUAUGUUGCCAUCCCUUAUUCCUGAGGUGGUCUAACUGAACACUUAACAAUUAAUGUUGACUGUUGAAGUGAUGGAACUAAAGAAAUAAUUAUUUCUGUUGAUGACUCAGUAUUGAUUACUCUUGAACUAUGGUGCAGCUUCAUUGCAGGAAACUUGUCAAGAAUUACAAUAUUAUAAUUUUUUUUUAUAUUAGUUUGUGAGAUAGUGAGAGUUUCAAUAAUGAAUGUCUUUUUUUUUGAAGUCCUUUGUAAAUCCCAAGUUUACCUAAUAGUUGAAUUAUUUUUACUGUGACUUUAAACAAGAUAUAAUGAUUUAGUAUUAAUUUUGUCCUUCUUAUGAAAAAAAAAAAAAAUUAGACUAAUUUGAUACGUCUUUGUGGUUAGACACAUAAAUUUGUAGCUUUUGAUAUUGUGUUCAUAACUUUAAAAGUUGGUAAAUAAAGCUGACUAACUUGUGUUCGUUGUAACAGUUUAGAAGUUUUAUCUUGGUACUUGUUUCAUGGUCAUAUAAUCUCAUUGUAUUAUUAUUAUCUUAUUGAAAGAUUUGUAUGAAAUCUCUCUCUUUUUUUUCUUUUGAUAAUUCUCAACUAAAAUCAUGAUGAGUAAUAGUACUAUUUAGCCUAAUUUUAUGUCAAGUUUUUACUACUACUUGAAAGAAAUGGCUAAAUUUCACAUAUAUUAAUCUAAGAAGCUUUCUGUUCAUGUACAAUUAUAAAAAGGCUCCCUGUAAGCACUGUUCUGUGUACUUGUAAUAUGUUUAUAAUUACAAAAAAAAUUUUGUUAAUAUUAUAUAAUCAUGUGUAUAGCACACUCAUGUCUUUGUAAAACCCAAAGUAUUUUAAAAACAAUUUUUUGUGCUACUUAUGUUUCAGAAAGUGGUUAAUUUGAUUAGAUACAUGUGAAACUAUAUUUUAAAAAUCCUUAAAAGAUAACAUGAUAUAAAAUUUCUUGUGGUUUAAAAAAGUUUGGCAUUAGUAUGCAAUAUUAAAAACAAAACAUUACAUAAGCCUUUUGCAGGUUUCUCCAUUUUAUUGCCAAAACUAAUUUUUCAUUUUGAACACUGUGCAAUUGAAAAAUUAAUGAAAAAAUAAGUACUGCUAUUUUACUAGUAUUCAUAUUUAGUGUUAUAAAUUAAAGGUUUUGUUGUAUGAUGUAUUUGAGAUAUGAAGUAUGUAGAAAAACAUGUAUUAAUAUUCUCUUAACUUUUGUUUAUAAGUGUAUGAAUAAUCAUGGUAGUAUAAUAUUUUUAACAUUGAAAAAUUUUAAGUAGUAACACAUGCUUUUACACACAUUCUUUUGAGUUCCUGUUGUGUAGUAUGUACGUAAAAUUACAAAAUAAUGUGUAAUAGCCAGUAUUUAACAUCAUGUUUGGUUUAUAAUGCUAAUGUUUAUUUCUGAAUUUUGAAACAACAAAACUAAUUGACCUUGUGUCACUGCUACUAUUAAACUAAACUUUUUACAUUCUAUUUUUUAGUCUUUAUUAAAAUGCUUCUAGUUUUCUUUUUCAUCUAAUGAAUGACAAGAGCAAACUCUGAAGGUAGAAUCUGCUAACUUGCAAAAUUUUUAAUGUUAAGAAUGUUAUUAAUUUGUCAUAUGUCAAAGCUCAUAAAUUAACUUUGUGAUGUGGAACACAGAAAAAUUACUUAUACUAGAAUGUUUAGUAUCAUAAUACAGAGUGAAUUUUACAAUUGAUUUUGUUCAUUAAUGCAUCAAAGAUUUUUACAAGAUUGUGAUAUUCCUUUACCCCUUCUGUGUCAUUAUUUUUAGCCGCGGCAUAGCGGCUCACAGAAUGACAUUGAGUGUUUUUUCAAGUAAAAAUUUUAGCUCGUAGCUCCAUCCUCUCUUGAUAAAUUUGAGAUAUAAUUACAGUUUUCGACUCAGAAGGUAGGAAGAGGUCCUGAUGAGUAAUGAGAUUGAACCAGGUAUAUGAGCAUCCCAUGCUUAAUAUUGUUAGUGCACAAAUAUAUAGCUAAUCAAAAGGGGAAAAAAUGUCUUGUAGAUUAAUUUACUCUAAUCCUGCCUAAAAUAAUUUCAAGUACCGUGGCUAUUGAAAAUUCCCUAUUGUUUGUUUUUGGAAAUGAGAAAAAAGAAAAGAAGUCAAAUUUUGGUAGCCUAUACUUUUACGUUAUUGAAACAAAAUCUGUUUCAUAAUCUGUUAUUAUAUUUCUGCACAAAAUAUACUUAGUAAAUAAAUGUUAUAUAUCUGGAUUUAUAUGGGAUAUAUAUUAUUUCAAUAAAAUUAAAGUAAAGAAUAGAAAUGCUUUUCUCCAGUAUUUAUGACACACAAUUCAGAAUAAAUCUGAUAGAGCUCAGCACAAACAAAAUUUCCAGUGCCAUCUAGUGAGCACUAAUUGUAAUACAUGAUAACAUGUGAAUAAAUUUGGGUAAAUAAUUAAAAGUAUGACUAGAAAUUUUUUGUCCAAAAUAACUUGAGCAACUUGUGGAAGGGGUUAAAACUGUCAAUUAAUGCAGGGUACCCAAGUGGGUCAAUGGUAAGUUCAUAGACUUCCAAUGCUAAAAUUCAGGGUUUGUUUCCCUGCAGUGGACAGAGAUCAGGUAGUCCAUUGAUUAAAUUUGCACUUAAAACACCAAACAGAAACUUAAUGUGGGAGUACACCAUGGUUCUUAUCCUAUAACUUGUAAUUUAGGAAUACAGUGUGGAUCUUUAUAAAGCUAGUUUAUCCCUGAACAUGUUUCCUAAUUAGGACUACAGACUAGAGAACCUUUAAAACCUUUACUUUCUUCAAAUAGUCUACCAAAGUCUAUUUUAUAAAAUUUAAGUGUUCUGCACCUCAUAAGAUUCUAAUUCUGUCAGCAAGAGAUAUAAAUACUCAUAUUCAAACUAUCAAUUUGUAGUCUUAUAGACACAGGUGUUUUUAUUGGAAUGUCAUACAUUGCUUUUCAUACAUGUUAGUUUAAGGAUUCUUAAGUUAUUUUUCAGCCAUUUGUGGAAAUAAUUUGACUUCUUUGUUCUCCCACCCUCCUAAUAAAAGGAAAUAAAAAUGUGUUUUAGGUAUAGUGGUGUAGGAAACAAUCUGACAGAAGCAGUUCCAAAAAUAUUUAAGUUGAAAGGGACUUGAGAGAAUAGUUUAGAGUACGUACUGACAGUUUAACCAUAAUUUUCAUAAAAUUGCUGUAUAUAGGUAUAUCACCACAAAACUGAUAUUUGGGAUGAAUAAUAAUUCAAAGCAUGAUAUUAAAGUAACAACAUGUACAUCUACCAAACUACAAAUAGAUAUAUGCACUGCUGAUAUUGUAUGUGUUGAUAAUAUGAAAUGUGACUAAGCUUCAAGGAAAUAUAAUGUAUUUUUAUGUAUUUCAUCAUUUCAAAAACAUUUAGAAUAAUAAUUGGCUAGGGACCCUAUUGUAGUUUUAAUCAGACUUUUAAACAAUUUUCGGGUAGACAGAUUACAUUAUAUCCAUUUGAAUAUAAAAACAUAUUGAAAUGUUUAUAAAAAAGAAAAAUUUUUAUAAGAUUAAUUUUCUGCAUGCUAUAUGUUGCAGCCAGGUUUGUAACAUUAAUGAUUUUGGUUCACAAAUUCAUAUGAACACCGAUAGAAACUUCCGCACAUAUUUUUCUUUGCUAUUAUCUAUUCUUUCACUAUGUUAAGAAAGCUUAAAUAUGAAUAGUCUGUACUCUGAGACUUGUAAAAAUAUGAAAGCAUCUGAUAACGUAUGUAUUCAAAAUGAAUUAGUAAACUUCUUAAAAUGCAACAUUGACAUCAUUAAUAUACUUAAAUUAUUAUUUGUAACAUUUUUUUUGUACAGAAAAAAGUAACUUGCUUAUAUGGCAUGAAAUGAUCCAGAGUGUUUUAAAAUUGUAUGUUAAAUAUGACUCCCUAGUAUAAAUAUUUUAUUAAAACUGGUUUAAAGUUUGACAAAUUUACUGAACUAAAUUUCUCACAAGAUCUGGCAUUUUGUACAUGUGAUGGGUUUGUAAAAUGUAUGUUUGUCAUUAGACUUGUUAUUGCAAUUGAUUUUACAUAGAGUGUUUACACUUGCUCUGUGUCAGUUGUAUGAUGUUACAUAAACUCCAUUAGAAUCAUUUUACACAGUUUUAAGUCGCAAUUAGUGUAAAUCACAAAAUAUAUAUCAAAAUGAAAACAUAUAAAUAAAAUUUAAAAAUUCAAGAUUCAAAAUCUAUGUUUUGAACAGCCCAGCUGUUCUUCAGGGAUAAAAAAACCUUGAAUAUCAUCAUUGAUAUUCUUAUUUAUAGAUUACCUAUAGUAAGCAAAACCACUUGCAUUUGUAAAAAAAUAUUUGCUGUGUUUAAACCUUUAUAUUUUUUUUAUCAGCCAUAUUUCUCUUGACAUGCUGAAAUUUAUGUUUUUAAGUUUUAAAAGCAAACACACUUUUGUUACAUUUUAAUGAAAUUUUACCUACAGAGUUUUAAUACUAAAAAUUUCCAGUUGAAGUUUAAGGUGCUUGCAGAAAUAUAUUUCUCAAAAACUUUCUUGGAUUAAAUAUUUCAACAAUGUUGAGUAACAGACUAUAGUUUCCUUCAGGGCAUAAAGUUAAAAAAAUGUAUAUUAGAAAAUGGCCUGGUGGUCAAGGUGCUUGACUCACAAAUAUGUUUGCCCUUUCAAUCACAAGGGUAUUAUAAUGUCACAGUCAAUCAGUCUUACUAUUUGUUAGCAAAGAGUAGCCCAAGAAUUGGUAGUGGCUGCUGCCAGCUGAUUGCCUUCCUUAUGGUUGGCAGUUCAAAAUUAGGGGCAGUGGAAGAUAGCUUUUGUAGCUUUUUCCAUCAACAACAAAAUUUUAUUAUAUUAUUUCUUUUUAGGUGGUAUAUGAGAUGAUCAAAGUAAUAGAAAUAACGUCUAUUGGCUUUCUAAAUAACAAAUGCAACUGGCUUAAAUUUGGGGAGUGUCUCAGAAACAUAACUAAAAAGAAUAGAAAUACUGGUCAACAGAUUUCUUAACUGAUGAAAAAGAAAUGUUUGUAAUCUUAAUCUAGCACAUCAGUGAGGCUGAAAGACAGUUUCAAAAUAUGAUGACUUUCUUUAAUAAUUAAAUGCACUUGAUGCUUUUCACAAAUUUAAUAGUACUGAGAAAAUUUCGUAAUUUACAGUGUUGUCGAGAAUAAAUUUGUAACAGGUAUUUUACAGGUAUGUUUGUAAUCUUUGCAUUUUUAAAAAAGUUUUAUAAUACUAAUUUUAAGAACCUUGUAAUAUAUUCUCAAAUAAUUUGCUUUUCUGGUCUUGUAACGGUUCAAACUUAGCACAAAAUAAAAGAGUAGUGUUUUAUUUUUUUAUGUGUUGAGCAUCGAUGCUCAGGUACGUUAUUUUCAAUUCAUCUCUUGUAUUAUGUCCUUGUCCAUUCUGAUUUAACAUAUCAUUGUCAGCCUUUCUAGUUAAGCAGGAGUGAUAUAUCAAUGGUGUUUAUGUAAUUUGUAUACCAUGGUUUGUGCUUCAUGCACUUAAGUUUGUUUAUGCAAAGUGAUGUUGGAAUCUGUAAAUUGGAGAGACAUCAGUAUUUGUUAGUGUUCUCAAGUCACACUUAUAGAGGACAGAUGCUAGACUGUUAUUAAUUUCUAUAUCAUGGCAAGAUAAAUCCCUUAAGCACUCACUUAGCGAUGAAAGAUGUAGAAACUUAAAGAGAAUCUUCUGAGCUUAGGUUAUUAUCUGAUAUAUAUGAAUUUUUUUGUAACACACUGCUGUGAAAUUUAACAUCAUAUGUAGGAGAGUAUUAGUUUAUUUUUUUCAGUUGCAUUUUUUUAGAAUGUUUCAACUAUUUAAACGAAAAGGUGAGACUGAGGUAUUUCAGCCACUCUUUACCAUUCAAUUUUAUUGUUGUAAGACAAUCUCUUGUAUUUUUAACGGAUUUGUUAUUGCAUAGCUUUUCAACGUGAAGUAACUUAAGAAUAUUCAUAUUUUUAUUGAGAUUCAGUACAAUAAAAAUGUAAAUUUAAAAUUGAA